GCUUCUUGAGAGUGGCUGUCGUCAGAGAUAAAGAUCUUUUCAGGACAGGUCUGCUUGGCAGUCGUUGGUUAUAUAGUUGUGUGCUGUUCACCAGUAGCACCUCGCCGGCUACAUCUGCAUCUACAUCUCAGCCGCUAGCACUGAGACAGGACGGGAGGGAUUACACCCUGCGCACAAACACCGCAUACACGCACCACGCAUGCCGUACAGGACCACCUUUACUGACUGCCAAUCCUUGUCGCAGGUGUGACCUUCUUCAACACACUGACAUUCCACAAUAAUUCUCGAAACUCACAGAAAUCCGAGGAUGCCAGGAACCUGUCUUUUCGUACCGGUUUGAACUGAAACAGUCUCUGAGUUUAUCAAGUCUAUUAGGCGAGUGCCUAGGCAAAUAUUUAUUUCACAAAAGGAUAAAGAAUGCAAAAAUCUCCAUCAUCCCUUCGACUAAUUCAGGAAUCCAAAUGGCAGAUGUGAGAGUAUUUACUUUGUUCAGGCUUGUGUUUGGCUUCCUCAUCUUACCAUUUCAAGCUGAACAAUCCUGUCUGAUAUCUGCUGACCAGCGCACAGCAGACUGCCGAGGCCAGCGACUGGAGCAAGUGCCUGUGGAGGAACUGCCUUCUUCCCUAGAGAAGCUAGAUCUUUCCUAUAACAUUCUAGAGGUUAUCAAAAAGGAUGAUUUCAUUCAACUGCCUCUCCUCAGCGUCCUCUGGCUUCAGUAUAACAAUAUAUCUUUGAUUGAGGAUGAGGCCUUUCACAAAAAUCUACUACUGGAAGAAGUGAAUAUGUUCAAUAACUCAAUGACUUAUAUUCCAUCAAAAGCCUUUGCACCACUCAGCAGGCUGACAAUUUUAGAGCUGGCAAAUAAUCUCUACACUGAGGCAACACUGGAUGAUGUGUUUAUGAAUUUCAAGAGUCUAAAACUAUUGUCUUUGGGUGGUCCUGUUCUCAGCACAUUGAAAAAGGGGGAUCUUGAUGUGUUAGCCAACAUAUCUCUGGAGAGGAUUGCUAUUAAAACUGGUUCUAGCCUGGACGUUUAUGAUCCAGGGUAUCUCAAGAACAUCCAAACUGCAAAUUUGUGGGUGGAUAUAGCCAUAGAUAACAGAACACACGUACUUCCUCUGAUACUGAAAGACCUUGAAAACAAAACAUUUGAAGCCCUUCGUUUCCGUAAUCUCUUUGAGUUUAAGUACUAUACCGACACAGAGGAUAUUUUCUAUGGCUUACAGUAUAUAAACUCCCAGCAGCUGACCUUUCAUCGUGGGAAAUUCAAUGAGGACCUCCUAAGAAUGGCCCUUGUGAAUUUAGAAAAAAGUGAGAUUAAAUCACUAGGACUGUUCUUCAUUGAUUUUGCCCGGUCGCAAACACUUGUGAAUAGUGAGGAAGCAUCCAGUAUGACAAACCUAACACUGGAUAUGUUGGUUUUGUCGGAUAUCAGCAACCCAGACAUCCUACGCUUUGACUGGAGUUUUACAUGGUUGAGCAAGGUCCGUCACCUGCGCAUAAACAAUGUGAAUUUUAACAUCGUGCCCUGUGAUGCAUGGGAGGAGAUGAGAGGGGUUGAAAUACUUGAUGUAUCCAAAAACAGUCUUAAGGACAAUUUUCUCUUUAACCAGCAAUGUGACUACACAGAUACAAUGUCAGAGCUUCACACCUUUAAUCUCAGCAAUAACAAACUGACCAGCCUCAGCUCCUUUGCAUCUCUUGCUGGGGGGUUCAGACACCUACAGGUAAUUGAUAUCAGUCACAACCAGUUGGGUUUUAAAGGAAACAGCCCCUGCUCUUGGAAACAGAACAUCACCACAUUCAUCGCUAACCAUAACAGUAUGGUUAUUGACAGCUUCAGAUGUCUCCCAACUACUGUAUUGUACCUUGAUCUCUCCUACUGUAAUUUAGACCAGUUAGAUGUGAACUACUUCAGGAAGGCCAUCAGUCUGAAGGAGGUCUACCUCAGUGGUAACAAAAUUAAAUUCAUUCCCUCUGAUUGGAAGAGCCCCAGUUUAAAGUCACUGACUUUGGAUGGAAACUCUUUUGGGAUUAUCAGCAUGAGGUCUUUCAAGGGAAUGCCUAAGCUGGAGCAACUCAGGGCAGGUAACAACCCUUACCACUGUACCUGUGAGCUCCACACUUUCAUACAGGAAACUGCAAUCAAGGGCAAAGUUAACAUCACAGACUGGCCGGAAAACUACAAGUGUUACCACCCAGAAGACCUGCUCAAUACAAUGGUAUCUCAUUAUCUCCCUGGUCAGAUAGUGUGUGACAUCAGGCUGGUCAUUGUUAUCUCUGUAGUCACCACAGCAGGUGUCGUGCUAGCACUCAUGCUAAUAUGCUAUUUUUUUAAUAUACCGUGGUAUGCUAAAGCUACAUACCAAAUCCUCAGGGCCAAGUAUAGGUCUCAUAAAGAAGGACUGGCACUUUCUGUGGACUAUACGUUUCAUGCGUUCAUUUCCUACAGCCACUCAGAUGCAGACUGGGUAAGGGACGAACUGUUACCAUGUCUGGAAAACUCCAAGCCCCCUUACCGUCUUUGCAUCCAUGAAAGAGACUUUAUGCCAGGAAAAUGGAUCAUCGAUAACAUAAUUGAGAACAUUGAAAACAGUCGGAAGGUUAUCUUUGUCCUGUCACGGCACUUUGUGAACAGCGAGUGGUGCAACUAUGAGCUCUACUUUGCCCAGCAGCGAGCCAUGGGCAAGACCUUCAGUGAUGUCAUCCUAGUGGUAAAAGAGCCCAUCGAUCCGAACUCCCUGCCCAGCAAGUACUGUAAACUCAAAAAGAUGCUGAGAAACAAAACUUAUUUAGAGUGGCCUGAGCACCCCAAACAUCAAGCCUUCUUCUGGGCGCAGCUGAGGAGCGUCAUGGGGAAACCUAAUCUCACGCAGCAGUUCUCAUCCUCCAUACGCAGACGUUCCACAAGAAUGAACACAGUGUCUGUGAUUGAGCUGGCCCCGGAGAAUCAAAAGUCUGUAGAUUCUGGGCCAAAGAUAGAUGAGGCAUCAGAGAUUAAGCUUCAGAUUAUAGGAAAGGCUUGAGGUCUUACAGAGAAAAGCUCAGAGGAUCACUCAGGAUAUCACUGAUAUAGAUAUCUUCAGCUUAAUGGACAGUGAAUAAGUUAGUUGUGCUGAGUGCAUACCACAAUGAAGUGCAUCUUGAGAAACAUUGCUAUUAGUGCUUUUCCACUGGAUGGUGCGGCACUGCGCAGUGCAGAAAACUAACCAUGAUCCCGCAUGUUGUCAUUUUUCCACUGCCAAGCAAGCUGUGCCGCAUCUAAUUACCCGUGCUGAAUUUGUUUACUGUUCUUUCCCACAUACCAUGUAAGCCAAGUUGGUAUAUAUACAGACAGGUGACAAUUUAAAGGAAAAAAACAACAUGAAGUGUCUUACUAAGAUGUCAGGCUACCAUGGGCCAUCAGAACAGCUUUAGUGCUCCUUGACAUAGAUUCUGCAAUUCUCUAGAACUGUACUGGAGGAAUGAACAACAUUUAUGAAAAGGAUAUUCCCUCAAUUGGUGUUUUGAUGAUGGUAGUUGAGAGCACUGUCUAACACAUCAGUCCAAAUCUCUCAUAGGUGUUAAGUUGGAUUGAGAUCAGAUGACUGUGAAGGCCAUAGCAUAUGAUUUACAUUGUUUUCCUACCCAUUAAAUCAUCCAGUGAGCCCUCAUGCCCUGUGGCUGGGGAUACUGUCAUCCUGGAGAGACCACUUCCAUCAGGAUAAAAAUGUUUUCUCAUGGGAUAAGUGUGAUCAGUCAGAACAGCUUUGUAUUGAUUUGCAGUGGCCCUUCCUUUUAAGAAGACAGUAGACCAAAACAUGCCAGCAAAAUGCCCUCCAUAGCAUUACAGAGCAACUCAUUUUUCCUUUAAUUUGUCAACCAUCCUUUAAAUAGUGCUGACCAUUGAUUGGUUAAACACAAACUUCACUGACUCAUCUUGAUUAAUGUCUCUGGCAAAAGUAAAGUCUUUUCUACUACUGUAGCACAGAUAUCCAAUAGUGACUGACCACCAAAGUUUCUUCUUCUUUUAAAAGGCAUUUUUUAAGAUGCAACACAAUUUUAUAUAACAGUGUCAUGUCUUUUUAUUCAUUAAUCAGAGUAAUACUUUAAUAUUAUAAUAUUAAUUUUAAUAUUUUAGUAUUUCUUACUUGAGAUCCAAGUAAAAUUUGAUUCACUUUGUUUGCUCCCUAUGUAGAAUCUAACAUAAUGGUCCACUCUACCUUGUGCCCUACAUGCAUGGUAUAGAACAUCAUAUGAGAUUCAGCCACUGAAAAAUACAUACACUCACUAAGCACUUUAUUAGAAACACUAUACUAAUACUGGGUAGAGUCUCACUUUGCUCUCAAAUCAGCCUCAAUUCUUUGGAUCACGCAAUUCCUGCAGAUUUUUCAGGUGCACUUUCAUGCUGCAAAUCUCCUUUUCUACUACAAAGGUGUUCUAUUGGAUUCAUCUCCGGUGACUGGGAAGGCCACUGAAGAACACUGAACCUAUUGUUAUGUUCAGGAAUCCAGUCUGAGACAAGUUUUGCUUUGUGACAUGGUGCAUUAUUAUGCUAAAAGUAGCCAUUAGAAAAUGGGAAAAUUGUGACCAUGAAGGGAUUCACAUGGUCAGCAACAAUACUCAAAUAGGCUAUGGCAUUCAAGCGAUGAUUGAUUGGUCAUUAAUGGGCCCAAAGUUUGCCAAGAAAACAUUCCCCCCACCAUUACACCACCUCCACCUGCCUGGACUGUUUACACAAGGCAGGUUGGAUCCAUGGAUUCAUGCUGUUGGCACCCAAUUCUGACCCUACCAUCUGUGUGCCUCAGCAGAAAUUGAGAUUUAUCAGACCAGGCUAAGUUUUUCUAGUCUUCAACUAUCCAGUUUAGGUUAGCCUGUGCCCACUGCAGCCUCAGUUUUCUGUUGGCUGACAGAACUGGAACCCGAUGUGGUCUUCUGUUGUUGUAACCCAUCCGCCUCAAGGUUCAACGUGUUGUCAGAUGCUUUUCUGCUCACCACAAUUCGAGUGGUUAUCUGAGUUACUGUGGCCUUUCUGUGAGCUCGAACCAGUCUGGCCAUUCUCGGUUGACCUCUCUCAUCAACAAGUUGUUACCAACCACAGAAUUGCCGUUCACUGGAUGUUUUUUUCUUAAUUGCACCAUUCUGAGUAAACUCUAGAAUGUUGUGUGUGAAAAUCCCAGAUUAGUGGUUAUAGAAAUACUCAAACCAUCCCAUAUGACACCAACAAUCAUGCCACAGUCAAAAUCACUGAGCUCACAUUUUUUUUCCCUAUUCUGAUGGUUGAUAUGAACAUUAUCUAAAGCUGCUGGCCCAUAUCUGCAUGAUUUCAUGCAUUGCACUGCUGCCACACGAUUGGCUGAUUAGAUAACUGCAUGAAUGAGUAAGUGUACAGGUGUUCCUAAUAAAGUAAUCAGUGAGUGUACAUGUUCCUUGUGUUUAAUAUUGUUUGCACUCAAACUUCUCUGUAUUUUCUCUAAGGAUUAAAGUAUUGACACACUUGGAUGCAUUUUGAUGCGUUCAAAGCCACUGAGUGAAA